UCUUUUAAAGCAAGUCCGAAGGCGAACUACGCAUUGGGCCUAUUCCUAUUGAAGAGCUUUUGGUUUUCAUUUCUUGUGGUACACCUCAGCCUCAACAACCAUUGAUAUAACAGAAUAGCCAUUUUGUCCCUUGACAAACCAACCAACCAACCAGCCAUAGAAGUAGCUUUCCCAACAAAUUUUUUUCUUCUUCUGCUUCUUCUUCUUCUUCCCUUGUUCUUCUCAAAAAUAGAAAAUGUCAAUAAACCAAUAGAGUGAGCCUCAAAAGUUUAGCUUAUGCUAGAGAACAGCCAAUCCCUUAAAGCAGAUACAUUACAGCUAACUACACUCAUUCUUCGUUUGUAAAUCUUUGUCCAAUUCUUGCACGGGCAUGUGGCUCCCAUGAAUCUAACCAAUUAUUAAAGCCUACAAAAGCCACUUUACUUGCUUACAAAUUUCUUAUAAAAAAAUACAGGCCCUUUAAGCUAGUGUAAUUGAUUUGGGCGGCGAUACCAACAACAGCAACAGCUUUGCCACCUCAUUUACUUAUAAUUCGUCUCACAAUUAUUGCUCUCUUUACUUCUCUCUUUUGGCGGCUUAAACUAAAUAAAAUAAAAAAAUUUGCUUUACCUUGACUGAGGACUUUCAUCAAACAUUUAGUGAGCAAUAGUGAUACAGUGAGUUUUAGACAAGCAAAAGCCAAUGUCACUAAGACCCGGUUCGCGUACGGAUGCGAGGAAGAAAUCGUACAAGAGUGGUGUUGAUGGGGAUGAAGCUCGCAGAAGAAGAGAGGAUAAUUUGGUUGAGAUUAGAAAGAAUAAGAGAGAAGAUAGUCUUCUUAAGAAAAGAAGAGAAGGGCUUGCUCUUCUUCAAUCUCAGAAUUUAAAUGAGGUUUCACAAACUAAUGAUGCCAUCAACAAAAAAUUGGAAAAUGUACCUGUAAUGGUACAAGGAGUUUUGUCUGAUAACCCUAACCUGCAGUUGGAAGCAACUAUUCAAUUCAGAAAGCUAUUGUCAAUUGAGCGUUGCCCUCCAAUCGAUGAAGUAAUAAAAGUAGGCGUCGUUCCUCGUUUUGUGGAAUUCCUGGAUAGGCUCGAUCUGCCUCAGUUGCAAUUUGAGGCGGCAUGGGCAUUGACAAACAUUGUGUCCGGGACAUCUGAACACACACGGGUUGUUAUUGAUCAUGGUGCUAUCCCCAAAUUUGUGCAACUACUUGGCUCUGCAAAUGAUGAUGUUCGGGAACAGGCAGUGUGGGCAUUGGGUAAUGUUGCUGGUGACUCGCCUAGUUGCAGGGAUCUUGUUCUUAAUCAUGGUGCACUAAUGCCAUUACUUGCACAAUUCAAUGAGCACUCAAAACUUUCAAUGCUAAGGAAUGCUACUUGGACUUUAUCGAAUUUCUGCCGCGGAAAGCCACCAGCUCCAUUUGAGCAGGUCAAGCCUGCAUUGCCCGCCCUUCAGCACCUUAUUUACUCAACUGAUGAUGAAGUGUUAACAGAUGCCUGUUGGGCACUUUCUUAUCUUUCUGAUGGCACAAAUGACAAGAUUCAGGCUGUUAUUGAGGCAGGCAUUGCUCCAAGACUUGUGGAGCUUCUACUUCAUCCAUCAACAACAGUCCUUGUACCUGCACUACGAACUGUGGGGAACAUCGUCACCGGUGAUGAUACUCAGACCCAGUGUGUAAUUGACAACAAAGGGCUCACUUGUCUCUACCAACUUCUUACACAAAACUACAAGAAGAGUAUCAAGAAAGAAGCCUGUUGGACAAUUUCAAAUAUCACUGCUGGGAAUAAACAUCAAAUACAGGCUGUAAUUGAGGCAAAUAUCAUUUCCCCACUUGUGCACCUGUUACAAAAUGCUGAAUUUGAAGUCAAGAAGGAGGCAGCAUGGGCGAUUUCCAACGCCACUUCCGGUGGUUCCCGAGAACAAAUUCAAUACUUGGUGAGUCAAGGUUGCAUUAAACCACUGUGUGAUCUUCUAGUAUGUCCUGAUCCGAGAAUUGUGACAGUGUGCCUUGAGGGUCUAGAGAAUAUCCUGAAAAUUGGUGAGACUGAGAAGGAGUCUGGCAAUACCACAGUCAAUAUGUAUGCACAGUUAAUAGAUGACUGCGAUGGGCUGGAUAAAAUUGAAAAUUUACAGAGCCAUGACAACCAUGAGAUUUAUGAAAAGGCCGUGAAGAUUUUGGAAAAGUAUUGGAUUGAGGAAGAAGAAGAGGAUCAGAAUAUUAUAGAUGCCAGUAAUGGAGACCUGAGCUUCGGGACAAACCAGCCCAGCAUUCCCAUCGGAGGAUUCAAAUUCAGUAGCUGAUAUGAUUGGGAAUAAGAAUUUUGUUCCUUCUUUUUCUUUUCUUUUUUUCAAAAAAAAAAAGAACGAAACAAUAUUUGGGGUCAGGAUUUUGUGUUUUUGGCCCUUUGUUGUGAAUGUGAUAGCAUGGUUGAAGUAAACUGAAGUCUACACUUUUCGGAUUCUAUGAAUAAUAAUUUCUUUUUUAAAGAUAA